UACUAACCUAAAAAAGGUGUUGUGAGGAACAAAAUUUGUAAACCUUAGGGUGCUACUUAAAUAUGAAACACUGUUAUUAUUGUUAUUAUGUGGGGAAUGUUCUCAUGAAUAUUUUUUGAAUGUUACUGAGUUAACUUUCAUACUGGAAAUAAAGCUCCAUUUCUGGGAGUAAUGGAAAGAAUAUUGGAUAUGGAAUUAGAGGACCUUGGUUCCAAUCUCAGAUCUGUUUCUUACCACUUAUGUGAUCUUGGUUUAGUCAUAAUUUCUACAAAUCACCAACAAUGGGAAUUUGAGAGCCGUGGCCAACUGGGGCCCAAGGUAUUUUAGGGUUAGUGGGCCUUGAAGAACUCACCAAAUCACCUGGAAAUGAGGCUGAUUUUGAAUCACAAAUGAGAAGAUUUCAAUAUAACAUGUUGUCCUGUGAGGGCUCCAGAGUCCAUCAAUUAGUGCCACUCCUUGAGCUUUCUGAAGUAAAGUGUACUUGUAGAAACAAAAGUGAAAGUAACACAUCAGAUUGUUUUACCAGUCCAGUGGAGAAGAUCAAAUUUUUACUCUCUGAAAAAAGCUCUGGCACCUCACCCUGUUCAAAGAUGGGAGCCGGACCAAGUAAAUCUGACAGCUCGAUGGAUGUUACCGGAAAUAAACCUGGCACCUCAUCCCCUGAUGGAGUCAUGGAUGUUGAUGAGGCCAAUGUUCCUAGGAUAGUCCUGGUUGGGAAAACUGGACAUGGGAAAAGUGCAACAGGGAACACUCUCCUUGGGAAGGAACUUUUUGCAUCUGGUGCAUCAGCAAAUUCUACGACCAAGACCUGCCAGAAAGAAGUUGCAUCCUGGAAAGGGAAAGGUUUUCUUGUUGUUGAUACACCUGGGCUGUUUGACACAAAGAAAAGCUUAGAAACCACUUGCAAUGAAAUCAGUCGUUGUGUCAUCUAUUCCUGUCCAGGGCCACAUGCCAUCAUUCUGGUUCUGCAACUGGGUCGAUACACUAAGGAAGAAAAACAUUCUGUCUCUUUGAUUAAGGCACUCUUUGGGAAGUUGGCCAUGAAUUACAUGAUCAUCUUGUUCACACGGAAAGAUGACUUGAAGAAUGAGAAAUUAGACAACUUUUUAAAAGAAUCUGAAGACCUUCAAAGUCUUAUCCAUGAGUGUGGUGGAAGAUACUAUGCCUUCAAUAACAAAGCAGAGGGCAACGAAAGAGAAGUCCAAGUGAAAGAGCUGCUGGACCUGAUUGAGAAAAUGAUGCAGAAUAAUAAAGGAAAGCAUUUUUCGGAUAAAAUAUAUGAGAAAACUAAUGAGGCACUAAAAAGAAGAAGGAGGGCCCUGAAGGAAAUCUAUACCCAAGAAAGAGAUGAUGAAAUACAAAUUAUAGAACAAGAAUAUGCUAAUGAAUCUUCUCUCACAGAAGAGCAAAUAAGGGAAAAGCAAGAAAGAAUAAAAAAGGUUGAGAGGGAGUAUGAAGAAAAAAUGAAAAAUAUAAAUGCAGAGGCUGAGAGGACUGUAUUUGAACAAGUUGUUCAGUUUGUAAAGGAUUUGAUUUGUAAAAUUUCUGGUUGGUUCAAGAAAUGAUGGUUUGCCUGGUUUGUUUAUUUUUUUAUUUAGUUUCCAUUAAUUUCUUCAUAAAUAUUGAUAUCUUGGAUUUACAGAACUGUGAACUUAUGAAAUAGAUAGAAUUGAGUCCUAAUUCCCAUCAUGUUACUCAAAGAUAAAGGAUUUUCAGGCAAGGAAAACUAUGCAUGGGUCCCAGUAUAUAGAUCUUUCUCUUACAUCAAACUUCCUUUUUUCUCAAUUACUGUGCAAAACAAAACUGCUGAAUAAAAAGUAUUUUUCUUUGGCCUUGUA